AUGGAAUCAGCAAAACUGGAUGAAGAAAAGUUAAGAGAGGCUGCGUGCUACGGUGAUCUGGAAGCUAUCAAAACGUUACUCAAAAAAGGUGUAAACAUAAAUUCCCAACAUAGCAUCAACGGCUGGACUGCACUUCAUUGGGCUGCCAAGAGAAAUCAACUUGAUGUUGCCCAUUGCUUACUAACAAAUGGAGCGGAUAAGACUAUGGAGAGUUUUGCUAAGGAAACUCCUGCCGAUUUGUCUACCAGUCCAGCUGUUUUGAAUCUCCUUGGUUCACCUAUGACUAAAGAAAAGCCAGAAGAGUCUGAUAAGAAUGAGAUAACUCCUCAUUACUUAGCACAUUUAAACUCUGGAUACAAAGUUGAUCUUCAGGAACACUCAAGAAUAUCCAUGCCACUUCCUCAUGGAAGAGAUGUGGUCCAUAAAAAAGAGUUGGUAUUUAAGCUUCGAAUUGCUUACUCUACUGACAUAGAUUUCAUUGAAGUUGAAAUUGACAGAUCCGAAUUGAAUUACCAGCAGUUCUUAGCUGUCUGUUGUUCAGAACUUGGUCUAAACUCAAAAUAUGUUGAGAGGCUUCGCAAAUUACCCAAUACCAGACUGAGGAAAGAUAGAGAUAUACAAAGGUUACAAGAUUUCCAGGAAAUAGAAGUGGUUCUUGUUGGGAGUAAACCUAAGAUGGCCAUUGAGUCAGAUUCUCCGAAUAUUGUUGGACCAGCUUUGAAGAAUCAAAAUCAAACUAUUCUUUAUUAG